AUGAUAAAAAAACUUUUUGGUCAAUGUGCUACUAGCGACUUAGAAAAACCUCAAGAGCGAUACAGGAGUACAACUGACUAUGCAUUGGAAAAGACUUUAACAGGAACAGCAUAUGAGAUACUUUGUCCAGAAAUUAAAUUAGAUGAUAAUUCAAAAUUAGUUGAAGAGUUAAAAAUAAAAAUUCAAGAAUUAAAAACUCAAUUAGAAACUGUAAUAAAACCAAUAUCUGCAGGUAAUAGUGCUGAUGAAUUUAUAAAAUUAAUUGAAAACUGGGAUCCAAAUCUUUAUCGCUUUUUUCGUAUAAUUUUUCAAUUUAUGAAUCCUAACACAAAAAUAUUAAAAACAAAAGAAGCUCUAAAACAAAAGGUUAUGUUACUUUGUUAUCAAAUAGAAGCAUUAUGA